UGGCACCGUUAUGUUUACGCGUAUGUAUGUAUGUGUGCAUUCAGUUUUCUAGCAUCACUUCAUUGGAUUUGCUUAUUAUUUUUUGUAAAAAGACAACACGAAAAUAAAAAAUAAAAAAGCACUUGCAGCCAAAACGCGCUCUAACGCUAGAACACAGGCCAAUUAUAGAAAAAAUGAUCAAGACGCAAGUUUACAUAAUCAAAGCAUUUUCGAAAAUCAUAAACAUAUCACGUCUAAGAAAACUACAAUAAAUUAUAAAUAGCCAGCAUGGGAAUGGAAAUUUGCAAUUCAUUUGCUAGAAACAAAGGUCGCUGCAUUGAGAGCAAAGUGGCUCCACUGAGGUGUGUCGUUUCGGUUUCCUAUUACUUUCAUCAUCAAGCGCCGCCACUCUAUUAAAUAUUAAAAUAUUUUGUUCUUGCAACAGAAAUGAAACCAAUUUGCGCCUGGUUUAUAAUUUUCUGGCUGAGCUGGAGUUCUGCUGCUGUUGGUUCAACAAAUGUCAAGAUAAAGCGACUUGCUGCGCGCGUAGACCGUGCAAUACCGAUUGACUCAACAACCACACCAGCGCCAAUCGAAGCCACAACGGCUUUGGUGGAAGUGAUCAGCAACAAAACUAGCAACUCCACCGCAGUGAAUAAUACCAUUUUUUAUGAUCAUAAACAUAAAAUUUUGUUGGUAGUUUUGUCGGAUUUGAAUGUACGGGAAGCGCGCGAUGGACAACAAAGUAAUAGCCAAAAUUUUAUUACAAAUCCUAUAAAAAAGAAUUUAAGUGUAUUAGAAAAAAAAUUAGGCAACGAACAAACGGACUCGCAUAAUGCAAAAAAGGAAAUCUUUAAUGAAACUUUCGUACUCGAUGAAAAAUGGCUUACGGAUUUGCUCAAAAAACUCCAGACCACAAGCGAUCAAGAUCAAGGCGUAACGAAUGGCAUGGAAAUCAAGAAGUGUGUGAAUAUCGUGCCGCAUUAUGUGCCGCCAACUUUUCCUUGGCUCAUACGAAAGCAACAAAGUAAACCGAUUGUCUAUGUGGAACCGAUUGCGUGCGAGGGCACAGCGAAAGAUGGUGAAGUUGGAGAAAAUGAAAACAGAAAAAGAAGAAUUCAAAGAACAGAUCCAAUCACAAAGAAUGUUGGCCACCCACGUUCAAGGCCUUUGAAGAGCGCGCGAAAGCGGCAAUGGCCGAGAACUGGCGAUUAUGUCUUAAUGCCAAGGUUUGGUGCAGCGCAAGUAAAGACGCAUUUGAAGUAUCCAUUCAAUUAUAUUCAUAACAUAGACUACGCGCAUUUGGCAACUGAAACGGACUUUGCAGAUCCUGGGGGUGAUUAUAGCUCUGAAGAUAAUGAGUAUUAAUAUUAGACUUUGUGUUUUGGAAUAA